UCAUCACCAUCACCAUCGUCUUUAUCAUCAUCAUCAUCACCAUCACCAUCGUCUUUAUCAUCAUCAUCACCAUCAUCAGCAUCAUCAUCAUCGUCUUUGUCAGCAUCAGCACCACUUUGGACUGAAGAUGACGUGUAAGAGGACCGGUCGUGGUCACGAGCCCACCAGCGUCACUCCUUCCUCCUCCUCCUCUUCCCUCGGUCUCUCUCCCGUGACGGGUGGAGGAGGCGGGUGGAGGACGCGGGUGGAGGAGGCGGGUGGCGCUGUGACCCGUCUCACGGGGAAACCCGGUCGGCGUUGUUCCUUCUCGUGCUGCUGAUGUGCUGUGGAGGAUGAAUCGCCGCGGUAACGGUCCUCGUCCAUCGCAGCCCCUUUUCUUCCUCUUGUUUCACGCCAUUGAACAACAGAAUGUUUUAAAGAAGACAAGAACACUAUAUCUGUAUAUUUUUAUAUCCUGAUGCAAUACACAGAAUGUACUUCAAUGGUGCUGAACAUGACUUCAUUUCACAGGUUUCAAGAGAGACAAAAGUUAUUAUUAAUUCUAUAAUUAUUUUUGUUUAAAGGUGGCAGUCAAACACAUGGAUAUAUAUACCUAUAAAGAUAUAGUUAUAUAAAUAUAUGUAUAGGUAUAUAUAUAUAUGUGUGUGUGUGUGUGUGUGUGUGUGUGUGAAUUAAAGUUAACAAAACUGUGUUUAUUUGUCUCUUGUCUCUAAAUCUUAACAGCAAACACAGAAGACAAAUUCAAGUCUAUUUUUUAUACUUCUUUGCAACUUUAAGUAAAUGUUGAUUUAAACGGUGAGACGUAAACAGAGUAAACGUUAUGUAACCAUUAAGAGUCGAACCUACAGGAGGACGGACAAGACAAACUACAACUAAUUGCCGUGUUGCAUCAUGGGGAAUGUAGGCUGAGGAGGUAGCCUACUAAAGUCACCUAUGUAUUAUUAAUUUUCUUCUGGAUGUUUCUUUAUCAUGACGUCAUGUAAUGUGAUCAUGUGACGCAGCAUCGCGUCCUACUGUGGACGAGCGCUGCAGCCGCAGUCUGAUCUGAAUAAUGAAAUAAAUACACGCAGCAAACAGGCAGGAACCUUCACCUGGUCCGGAACCAGUCUCACUGUAGUCCUGAUCCACCGGGUCGGAUUCUGGUGAAACCAGAUGACAUCAUGCACGUGUCUCUGGCUCUAUAUAGAGACCCAGAUCCUCCAGCAGAGACCACCAUGGACGGACUCGUGUCCUGCUCCAUGUCGGCCGUGGACCUGCAGUCAGAGCUUUGGAGGGAGGAAGAGAGUUCAGCUCCCUGCAGCAGCAUCUCCUCCUCCUCCAGGAGCAGACCCAGGACGGGGUGCUGGACCCUCUGUAGGGAAUGGAGUCCCUGGAGAACCAGGUCCAGGACUGAGAGAUCAGACCGUCUGGAGAAGGAAGUUACGCUCUCUGCCGGCGUUUGAGCACUGGAAGCCGGGUGGACGGAGGCCGUUUUGGGUGUAGCCUGAGAUUCUGACCUUCUGACCUUCUGGCUGAAGGAAUGUCUUCAGAAACAAACAAAUGAACAAGAAACCAAUGGGACGUUACAGACGAAGGUUGAGUUUAGCUCUGCUCCGACGCUGUGAACCUCACUGACAUUUUACUGAACAAGAAUUCAACUUUUUAUUCAUAAUCUGUAUUUCUCUGAAAUAAAAGCUCAGUUUUACGUAUGAACAGCAGUACAGCUGUGCGGUGCGUGGUUUAUAGCCUCUGUUAUCUGCGUGGGUUUUAACUACGCGCCUUCUCAGGAACUCUGCAGCUCUCUGGCGGACUUUGACUCUGAUACCGAGCUGAACGCGUUCGUCCCGCUGCCACGCGACCAGCAGCAGGAAGCACCAGAGGAAACGAUCUGCCUGGCGACAUGGAAGCCUCCCGCGGUGAGUUGCCCACCGUGAGCCCGGUCUGCUCCUCAGGUCCGCAGCCGGACCAGUCCAGACUGGUGGUGCUGUUACUGGGAGAGAAGCGCAGCGGGAAGAGCCUCGUGGGAAACUCCAUCCUGGGGAAGCUGGCGUUUCACGAGGAAACAACUCGCAGCUCCAGAGAGGACGGCGCCGCCUUUGGGACCCAAGUGACGGUGGUGGACACCCCCGGGUGGAUGUCCCACUCCCUCCCUCCAGACAGAGUGUCUGAGGAGCUGCGCAGAGGGCUGACGCUCUGCCGCCAGGACCCCCACGUCAUCCUGCUGGCGCUGCCCUGCACCUCCACCUUCGGCCAGCCGGAGUGGAGGGCCAUGGAGGCCCAGCUCAGGCUGCUGCAGACCCCCAUCUGGCAGAAAGCCAUGGUCCUCUUCACCCGCGCAGACAAGUUAGGAGGCCUCCCCAUCCAGGAGCACAUAAGACGACAGGGCCGGACCCUUCGAUGGCUGCUGGAGCGAUGCGGGAACCGCUACCAGGUUCUGUCGGCCUGGUCGGAGUCGCAGCACUCGGAGCUCUUUGAGAAGAUCCGGAAGGUGGUGGAGGUCAACCAGCGGCCAAAGGAGAUGAGGGAUCGGAUGUACACCCAGCUGAGACAAGAGCUGGCCGCGAGGGGGGCCAAGAAGUCCUGGGGAGGACGAGUGGAGAUAGAUGAUUGGAAAACAGGACACAUGGAGCGGACGGCCUCAAGACAGACAUUGUCCCCAGGAGGUACGUGUCUCUUAUCCCACCCAUCAGCACACCUGCACCCCGGUCGUGAUGAAGCCCUGGAAUGUGUUUCCUUGCAGGGUUCCUCGUGGAACCGGCUCGUUGUGAGCCGGUUCUGAGCCUCGUCCUGCUGGGAAGGAGGAGGUCGGGGAAGAGCUCAGCCGGGAACACCAUCCUGGACAGGGAAGAGUUCCGGUCGGACACAAAGACCACCCGGUGCACCGCAGGC